AGCUUCUUACUUUCCAGUCGUGAAUUAGUCGUGUUAAAGUUUCGAAGUGGAAACUUGAAAAAAAUUCCACUAUUUUUUUUUUUUUUGUGUUUUUUUGAUCCUCGAUCUUGUACCAGUGAUCUUGAUCUUCUUGGAGAAGAAAAAAUAAAAAUGUCUGCAAUAUCAAUGUGGUACUUUAUACUAAUGGAUGUUGUGUUGUCACAAGCUUAUCCUCAGUUAGAUCUACCACCAUUAACCACACCCUUAACGCGGCCAGAUAUCGUUUUUAAUAGCUACACUCCUAAUAAUGGUGGAAAUUCUAUAAAUUACGAUGAUGCUAAUCGAAGUGAUCGUUUUGGUCCACCUUAUUCCGAUGAUAAUAGUGAUGAUCGGGGAGAUGAUUUUAGGAAUGGUCAACCCUAUGACGAUCGUCAAAGAUAUGGCUCAAACUACCCCAACAUGUAUUUCAACCGAUCCUCAGACUCUCCCUAUAGUCGUGAUGAAGUCAGCCGUGAUCGGGAAUACCUUAACAGAAAUCCCGAUCAAGAUCGAUUUACCACCCGUCGACCAUACAACCCAAACGAUCAAUAUCCAACAAAUAGAAAUCCUAUCCCUGGAUACGAGGACGAUCGUUAUCGAAAUGGCUACCAAGAUGAUCGAUAUCAAAAUCGAUACAAUUCAAGUGGUGAUCGUUAUAAUCAAGAUCGUAUAAAUGAAGAUCGUUAUCGUUUCGAACAAGAACGUCGAUCACAAAUCGAAAUGGAAAAGCUACGUAAUUUUUUAGUUGAAACCGAUCAUCAAGGAUCACAGGAAUGUACGGAAAAUGUUGCAGCUCAAUGGAAUUUCGAGACAAAUGUUAAUGAUUUUACACAAAAUCAAGCUCUCCUUGCACAACAAAGAUAUGCGGAAUAUCAACGACAAGUUGCUGGGCAAUCGAAGAGGAUCGAUCGUGAUUUGAUAUUUGAUCGUAAAUUGUAUAGACAAUUGCAAUUACUGUCUGAAGCUGGGCCAAAUAGUCUGCCUUUUGAUCAGUUAGACAGGUACAAUCGUUUAAUAAAUGAAAUGCUGGUUCUCUACAAUGAAGCUACGAUCUGUGCUUACCAGCAGCCUUUUCAAUGUGGCUUAAGGUAUUAUCCAAAUUUAAGAGACAUCAUGGCUGAAAGUCGAGACUGGGGAGAGCUGGAAUAUACCUGGACCGAAUAUCACAGAAAAGCUGGUCGAGAAAUGCGGGAUAGCUACAAGCAACUGAUCGAUGUUAUGAACGAAGUUGCAAUGGUUAAUAAUAUGACAGAUGGUGGACAAUAUUGGUAUAUGAAUUAUGAAUCUGGAAGCUUUCAUGAUGAUCUCGAGCAAGUUUGGGAAGAAAUUCGUCCAUUUUACGAACUUCUUCAUGCCUACGUACGUCGAAAACUGCGUGAAUAUUACGGUCCAGAGAAAAUAAGUCGUGAUGCCCCAAUUCCCGAGCAUAUUCUUGGCAAUAUGUUUGGACAAUCUUGGACAAAUAUAUUGGAUAUAAUAAUUCCCUAUCCGGGAAGGACAAUAAUUGAUGUGACAGCAAGAAUGAAUGAACUUGGUUAUACUCCAGCUGGAAUGUAUCAAACAGCUGAGGAUUUUUUCACAUCGAUCAAUUUUACUGCCUUGGGACCGGAAUUCUAUACGAAUUCGAUAUUUCAGCAACCUUUUGAUCGUGUUGUAUUGUGUGAACCAUCGGCAUGGGAUUUUUGUAAUCGACACGAUUAUCGGAUAAAAAUGUGUGCAAAUGUUGAUCAGAAGAGUUUUAUCAAUGUGCAUCAUGAAAUGGCACAUAUUCAUUAUUUUCUAGCUUAUCGACAUCAGCCGAAGGUAUUUCGUAAUGGAGCUAAUCCGGCUUUUCAUCAAGCUGUUGGUGAUGCUAUAACAUUGUCAGUUUCGACUUUAAAACAUUUACAAACAAUUGGAUUAAUUCAAAGAUCUGUUGAUGAUUAUUCAUAUGAUAUAAAUUAUUUAUUUACAAUGGCUUUGGAUAAAGUUGCAUUUUUACCAUUUGCAUUGGCAUUGGAUAAUUGGAGAUUUGAUUUGUAUAGUGGUAGGACAAAUAAGGGAACAAUGAAUUGUCAUUUUUGGGAUUUGAGAGAAAGAUAUGGAGGAGUUAAACCACCAAGACUACGAUCAGAAAAAGACUUUGAUCCUGGAGCAAAAUAUCAUAUACCAGCAAAUAUUCCCUACAUUAAAUAUUUCGUAUCAACAGUUCUGCAAUUUCAAAUUUAUCGAGCCAUGUGCAAAGUAUCCAAACAAUAUGAUCCCUCCGACCCGAAUAAACCCCUGCACAAGUGUGAUAUCUAUAGACAACCGGAUGCAGGAAAUCUUCUAAAACGUUUAAUGGAAAAAGGCUCUUCACAACCCUGGCAACAAGUUCUAGAUGAAGUCCUCGGUGAAGGCCGAUUAGAUGGUUCAGCUUUGCGUGAAUACUUUCAACCCUUGGCCGAAUGGUUACGUUUGGAAAAUAUUCGCAAUCAAGAAUACGUUGGUUGGACUUAUGAUGGUGACUAUUGCAAACGUAGUAUUGAAACGGCUAAUUUGCAAGUCUUUGGAGGUUUCUACAACAAUUCACCACCUAAAACUAAUUUAUCUGGCUUACUUCUUUUAUUCAUUGUUAUUCUAAGACUUACUUUUAUGAAUAAAUAAAAAAAAAAAUUUGCGCAAUUUA